UGUGCCCCCCACAUCUAUACAUUCAUAAUAAUAUUAGAUUUGGAAUCAGAAAUAAAAAAAUGGGAGAAAAGUGUAAGAAUAAAAAACACAUUUUAAAAAUGUGUAACACCGAUGCCUCAUAGCUCCAGGUUUGAUGGAUCUUAGCCAGCCCUUCUCUGUGUGGAGUUUCCAGUUUCUUUGGUGUUUAUGGGGACAAACACAGGUAGCUGUAAGUUUACCUUAUAAACAUAUGAGCACAAAGCCCCACCCACUACCAGCAGAAAUUCCCGUGUCCAGGGACUUACCGCCGGUACUACCGGGUUUCACUUUUAAAACGAAGUUCUAUCAUUGUUGUAAAGAGAGACACUUUUUAUUGUUCGCAUUAUCUUGGAGCUAAUAUGGAGAAACCCGCCAAGGGGCCCUCGCGCAAUGGGCUCGCGGGAAUAUCAGGGAAACGCGGGAAAAAGGGAGCGGGAAAGCGGCUCGUGUCGGAAAUGAAAGCGAAGAAACAGCGGGGGACCGAGUCUGGAUGUGCGCCCAAAUCUGUUCAACAAGCUACACAAGAAGCUGGAGCAAAACCCUCUGACCAUCACACUGACACAGAUGAAUGUCCCUCCUGCUCUGGUAUCCUGAAGCCCUGUUUGGACAGAGUUGGACAGCCCCUCCUGUACACACAGUGCUCCCUGAUGCCUGAAUCCCACCAGUUCUGCAGGUCCUGCCUCACCCCCUGGAAGCCCAUCCAUGAGGAUGGCAUAGAGCGCUGCAGCAACCGGUCCUGUGAGGUGGUGUCUGUUCUCAUCACCUGUGACAAGGUCACCGAUCCCAAGAGCAAAGUUCUGGGCUGCCCCGUCUUCCGUGCUUGUCCAAAGUGCUACUCUCUGAUCAUGCACAUGAAUGGAUGCAAGUAUGUUUUCUGUCGAAAGUGUCGUCAUUAUUUCUGCUUCAUUUGCCUGAGAAGUGGACACAGCUGUGGAAAGGCAAUGGAGCUCUACAGUUCGCUGACCUGUAAGAAACCCCAAGCAGGCAGGCAGAUGUUCAUUACUUAGGGGAUCUGUCGUCUGUGUUUUUAUUUGGAAAUGAUAGUAUGUCUUUACGUGUGUUUGUGUAUAUUUGAUUCAUACUGAGUGUUUGUUUCUUACUACUGUUGUGCUUUUUUCUUAUAGGAGUCAUACAUUAAGUACCCAUAAGCCCAGAAAAUACAAAAAAGUUGCCUUUCACACACUGCCUGUGAGCUCCUGUACAGUUAUAGUCCUAAUGGUUAAUGUUACUGUUAAUUAUGUCUCUUUCAAUAUCAAAAUAUAACUUUGUUAUCUUGAUAUAAGUGAAUGUACUCAA